AUGGACGCGUGCCGUGAAGCAGCUAGAAGUUGUCUCCAGCGGGCCCAAGGCAACGAUGACCCAAACAUUUAUAUCCAAGAUGCAACACCAUACAACAUAGAACUCUAUGAUCUCUGGUCAGAUCUUGAUGGAUAUAGAGAUAGCAAUUAUGUCAGUGCCCAUAUUCUUGUUUCUAAGAUUGAAAAGCUAACGAAACAACAGGUCUUGGAAAAUCUCCUCAUUGUAGAGGCUUGCCUUCGGGACAGAAAGGCUGAAAUACCACAUGAUGACCAAGAUAGAAGUGCAGCGAAUUCAAUUCUACAGUGGACAUUGGGAGUUAUCCCUCCAGGGGAGAAUCUUGCAGCGACCUGGGACGAGUUUCAGCUUGCAGAUGAGGAACGACGAGCAUCGAUUUUAUCGAAAUAUCGAGAGGAGCGGGUUAAAUCGACCGUGGGAAUACGUAUCAUAAGCCUUAUUGAGCCCAUUAUUUUGGUUGAAAACACAGAAGAUAUCCUCUCGGCCGUUGCAGUAUUCAAUUCACCCUGUGACCCUUGGACAACGAACGAAGGCUCUCAAAUGGCCAACAGCUUUCUUCAAAAGUAUGAGUUGAAACUCCGUCAUGAGCAGGGCUUAUUUGAAACUACUAUAGAAAAUAUUCUUCUAAAGAAGGUGAAACCCGCCUUUUCCAAAACUAAGACUCCCGCAAUCACCCCUGCAGGGCGCAAGAACGUCCAUCCCAUUCCACAGCCCAGUUUUGACCCUACGUUAUUUGAUACUGGGUCAAAGCCAUGGAAGUUUAAAGAAGGAUAUAUUGUAUCAAUCCUUAGAUGGAUUAUCGGUCAAUACCAGGCAACAGAUCUCAGUAUGAUUGAACGACAUUUCCCACUGCUUGUUCCUGCAAUCUUAUCCUUCAUUGACGAUGAGUGCCUUGCAUUCAAAGCCGUGGGUUGCAGUUUACUUGGGAAUCUCCUUAGCCCUCUUGAACAGGCCAAGUCUGAUAUCCUACGCCGAACAAAUCUUGACUCUGUAUUUCAAGAUGCGCUGUCUAAUUGCCUCUUAUUCAUCCCCACUAUUACUCCAGAGAAUGAAUCUGUCUAUCUCCUAAACUUUGCAUACCCAGCUAUAUUCAGCGUUAUUCGAACUCGGUUUUCCUCUGUUACUACACAUAGGGCGGAUACCGGCGGACAACUACCUUCGAAAACUAAGGCUGAAGUCGAAAAGGACGCUCAAUUACGUGCUAUAUCCAUUUCGCGAAUCCUGAGACAUCAUAUUAUGUCCUCCUAUCUUCACACCAGCAGCCCGCGGCCGGCCGAAGACACAUCCAUAUCUUCAUAUCCACACCCAUUACUUUCCACACUAUUGCUUAAGCAGUUAACCGAAUCCAUCGACGCCCUUGAAAUUGAAGCAACGAAAUAUUUACAAGACAUCAUUCCAAUGCUCACCUCAACUCUUACCAACCCCUUUGGGGUAGCAUAUAUACCAUUACUUAUCACAGCUGCUGAGUGCUAUCAGUCGGUUAUUUUGAAUUGUUGGCCACGCUUGUCAAGGUGGAGAGGAGACAUACUUGCUGGAGUAUGCGCAUGCUGGCUUCAUUUAUGUGACGACGAAGAGGACGGCCUAUCCUUGAGUGAUGAGAAGCUAGAGGACAGGACGUAUCUUCGUUCAAUUCUACAGCGCUUAGUUUCUCUUUUGAAGGUUAUUGAGGCCGAGGAAGUCGUUGAUCUCGAUACUGAGCUCAAGUCUUUGGCUAAUGCCGAUGCUAGGCUGGAAAAUCUUCUGCUCAUGUCUCCGUGA